GUUUCAGUCGUGGUGUACUUCAUCGCUAGCAAAUCUAAGGACGCCGAGACCGACCUGAAGCCGUAUGCAGAGAGGAUCUUCGACAUGUCCGGUGGCGACGCUGAAUCCGACAAGCCCAAGUGCCUGUGGUCGCUGUUCUACAACGUGAAGGACACGAGCGCGCCCGUGUCGAGCGUGGUGGAGGGCGUGCACGUCUGCUCCGGACCCGACGCAGGACUCGACUUCGACCGCGCCGUCGAGCAGGCGGAACAGAUCUUCAAGAAGAUCUGUCCGGGCGAGGAGUUCCUGCCGCGUGCGCCCGACCCGGAGGAGAUCGUGUUCGAGGACGACGUGACGCACGGGCCCGAGUUCCAGCGCGACCACGACGACGACGAGCCCAAGGAGUAGUCUCACCCUAGCGAUACAUUACACCAGUACGUCUCCGCGUGUCACUAAGGGCCUGUUUGUAAUCACAGCCGACGACAGCCGGCUCAUUAUAAACAAACCCUUACCGUGCUUCCAGCUCUCCACUUGACAUGUUUUCCGAUGUAAGGCUUCGAGCGGAUGACUGAAUUGACAUAAUCAUGUAGUUUAAUCGAUUAGGCCAAUACGGCUUCUAAUAUGCACAACAAUGCUUCAAUUCACACUAUGGUUGAACAUUAUUUUUAUUCCGCGUGUACGGCGUAGCUUUUCCUUAACGUUAGUUAUAAACGGACACGCCAAGACGUACUGUUUACUAUAAGAUGUAAUCUCAGUAAGGUUUAUACGCUUUGGUAGCUUGACUCGUGCAUUCCGGCUGGUGCGUAGAGUAGAAUAUUGCGUUCUAUAAGACAUCAGUUUGGUAGUGCCGACAACUGCGAGAUAGUUCAGGACAGAAUUCACUGCUGUUCGUUGUUCGACUGAAUCCCUCCCUGUGUAGGAUCGUGUGUCGGGUGUUUACGAUGGGAAGUGUCGUUUGUCUCAGCGCAGUCAGUGAUUAACAGCUAGGUUGUCUUGAUGCAGUCAGCAAGAUUGACUUAUAGCAUUUCGAGGCUAUUUCCUAACAUCAAUGCUUUGUAACGGUUCGUGAAAUAAACUUUUCUAUUUGAAGAUAACGAUUUUGUUUUUAGUUUUAGUGUUAAUGCUCUCUGUAGAGUUGCUUCGUUUUUGGCAGUAUUGAUAAUAAAUCUAAAUUGUAAACCAAAGUAUUGGAAAUUACUAUGACAUAUUGUGCAAUGCGUUAGAUUAGCUAGAAACAGGUUUUAAAAUGUUAAUUACAUUUCGGACGCACCAGUCUUAUUAUAGAUUGUAGCACGUAUACUUUUUAUUAAGUUAUUUAGCACGUUUAUGAUAUUUAUUAUGAAAUGAUAAUAAUCAUGCCUGCGCAGUUUGUGCAUUUAUAAUUCCAAUAAAAUGUGAUUAUUAGAAAUAA